UAGAUUAUACAAAUUAGUUACCGCAGUGCCGCCACGUUAUCUGCAAAACAAUCAAGACAGGGAGAGAUACUGUGCAUCUGAGGAGGAAAUGGAGAAAAGGCGAUAAAGGAAUGAGAUGAAAAGGAAAAAAAGCAUUUUUAUGUCCUGGUGUGCAUGACAGCUGUUCGUCAUGUUUUUUAACACUGGAAUAAGACCCUGUCUUUAGUAGCCUGUUUGCCUUUAAAAAAAAAAAAAAAGUAAACAUUAUUGUCAUGCCAAAAUUCCUCUUGUGUCAUCUCUCUUUUCUCCCAGGGCAGCAGCAAGUUAGUAGCUCACGGUGGAGACAUACAUCCUCGAGGUUGCACAACAGGCACGCCUUGUGGGUUUUUUUUGCUGCCCAUUUGGAAUGCUGUGAGGGCAGAAAGAGAGAGAAAGACAGGGAUUGAGGCAGUGACUUGAAGAAAGCAGCUGACUGCCAAUGUGCUGUUCAGUACUUGUCUUGUGUGGUGAGUUGCAUCACAGUCUGUCAUGCCUGCUCCUGUCUUUGCACUUGAUGAGUGCAUCUGGGAUCCAGACUCCUAAAUACUAUGUGUGAGACAGACAACUCAACACUUGAGUGCAUUGGUAGCAGUUUAAAUUAGCAGCUGAAAGGUGAUGGUUUACCACUUAAAUUUGCCACAUUACAUCUUUGUAAGCAGCAUCCAAAUAAUCCAAUUUAAUUUACCACCUAUCCAACAGGUGUUAAUAGAAAACAAAUGCAAGUGCAAAUUACUGGAAAAUAUAGAGCUGAGAAGAUUUGGUUAAUUUAAAAAACGUAUCGGCAUCUUUUAUUUGUUCGAUACAUUUUUUGUGAUUUGCUGGUAUAGUACCAACUUAUUCAUCAGAACUAUUUUCUGCUUUUCUCUGUCACAUAUCAUUGUAAAUGAAAUGUCUUUGGGAUGUGCACUGUUGGUCAAAACAAAACAAUUUGAAGAUGUAUCCUACGGCUCAGGUAUAUUGUGAUAUUUCCACAAUGUUCUGACAUUUUAUAAACAAAACGAUUAUGAAACUGACAGUGAAGUCAGUUAGGUGCAGCCCUAGUAAAAGUACUUCCCUUGUAGCUGAGAUAUUUUGAUCUGUUAGUCCUUUUCGUAGAAGAUGAGCAGUGAGGUGUAAAUAGGGCGUGAGUUGUGUCUUCAAAUGCCUUUAAGCAGAGUUUUGAAACUAUGAGUUCUUUAUUGAUCAACCACCAUCAGAUUGGUUCUAUAACGUGAGGAAAACAUGUCAUUUAUCAUUCAUUCAUGCUUCAGGGCUCUAGGUUAUGUCACAGCUGAGUAGCCCUGUUUCAGCUUGAUAACAUUUGUGAUGAAAUGUCAUGAUUGUUUGGGCAAAUGGACAGCACAAGAAAAGGAAAUCAGUUUGAAAACCUGAAAUGGAGAGAUGGAGAAAGAGAGGUAGAGAGGAGGAGGCCGAACAAGUGAGCUGCUUUUAAUAUGGAUGUGUGACGCAGGGAAGGUUCAGACACUGACGGCUCCUUUCCACUGGAAGGCCACACUGAAGCCAGGAUACUCCCUUAGCCACUAGGCCUGCCCCAUGCCCAAAAACAGAGAUGCUGUCUUGCCCCUUGUUUAACCACAUGCACAUACACAGACACACACAUGAAUGGACUGACUUCCAUUUCCAUGGUGAGGAGAUACAUACACACACACACAGAAAAUGUCUUUUUCCCUUGCACCAGAACUUGAUUGGACCUGUGAUGCCAUUAACUCCACCCCGAGCAAAUAAAUAAGACCAGAAUCAACUUGGUGUCGAGAGACAGACGUUUAGACUUUGAAGAUGGCUUGUGGGAAUUAUUCCACCUUUCACUGGGAAUAUGAUAUCAAAGAUUUGUGGCUUUUUUCCUCCUUGGAUUUAGUGGACAACCAUGUUGACAGGAUUUUUUUCUGCGAUGGAUAACACCAGAUCCACACUAUGAGGUGAUGAAUGAUUUGCAUGUAGUUUUCUUAUUUAUCAUGCUGUGUGAUUGCGCAUGCCAAGGUUAUCUUUAGGUCUUUAGGCUAUCCUUAGAGUAGGCUGUCAGAGGCAUUUCAACCAGAAAAGUGGGCUAAGAAUAUAUUCUACAUAGCAGCAGGGGAGGGCAGGGUGAGAGCGACACAUUCACACACUGUUACCCACCUGGGAGCUGUUGAGUAUCACCAGUGUCACUGCAUUUUAUUGACAGACCACUUGCACCAGUUGCUAAGGUCAGUCCGUCUGCAUGGACUCUGUCUGAGGGAAAUGAGAAAGGGAAAGAUAGGGCCAGUGCAGGGAGAGAUAAAGCUCAGCAGCUGCUCUGUGAGAUUGUGUGUGCACACAGUCUGUCUAGCCUGACUCCUCCUCGCUGCCCCACCCUCCCCUCUCUUGUACUCCCACCCCUUCUCUCGAGCUUCAGCAGUAGGUACAUGUGCAGUGAGCAACAGCUAGGAAAGCAGUUCAGGGCACGAGCCAAAGGCGCACACACCCACCAGCAGAGAGCAAGACUACAUUAUUCAACGGAUCCUCUUCUCUACGUUCCUCAGGGCCAGUGACUCACCCUCUCUCCACCUCUUGCUGAGCCAUUAUUACCAUGGAAACCCCAAGCCAGAAACGCACCAGCCGAGGUAUCGCCUCCGUCUCACCGGCCCGCAUCACCAGACUGCAGGAGAAGGAGGACCUUUGCAACCUCAAUGACCGGCUGGCUGUCUACAUCGACAAGGUGCGCUCCCUGGAGUCGGAGAACGCCGGGUUGCGGCUGCGCAUCACUGAGUCGGAGUCCUCAGUCAGCCGUGACCUGACGGGCAUGAGGACGGCCUACGAGACAGAGCUGGCCGACGCUCGUAAGACCCUGGACCAGGUGGCCAAGGAGCGAGCACGCAUGCAGCUGGAGCUGGGAAAGAUCAGGGAGGACCACAAGGAGCUCAAAGCCAGGAACAGCAAGAAGGAAUCUGACCUGGAGGCGGCUCUAGCCAGGCUCAGAGACCUGGAGGCCCUGCUCAACUCUAAAGAUGCUUCUCUCACUACUGCAUUGGGGGAGAAACGAGCCCUGGAGGCUGAGGUCAAGGACCUAAAAGCCCAGCUGGCCAAGGUGGACGGUAACUUAGCCGAUGCCAAGAGGCAGCUGCAGGAUGAGAUGCUGAGGAGAGUGGAUGCCGAGAACCGCCUGCAGACGGUGAAAGAGGAGCUUGAGUUCCAGAAGAACAUCUACAACGAGGAGCUGCGUGAGUCCAAGCGUCGGCACGAGUCUCGCAUGGUGGAGAUUGACAGCGGGCGACAGCUGGAAUUCGAGAGCAAGCUGGCUGAGGCCCUAGUGGAGCUGAGAGCCCAGCAUGAGGAGCAGGUCGCCCUGUACAAGACAGAACUGGAGAAGACCUACAACUCUAAGUUGGAGAACGCCCGUCACUCAGCUGACAGGAACAACCACUUGGUUGGCGCCGCCCAUGAAGAGCUGCAGCAGACCCGUGUUCGACUGGAGGGCAUGUCAAGCCAGCUUAGCCAGCUGCAGAAACAGUUGUCUAUGAGUGAGUCCAAGGUACGGGAGCUUGAGGAGAUGAUGUCGAGAGAGCGGGACCUGAUGCGGCGGCGGCUUGAUGAUAAAGAGCGGGAGAUAUCUGAAAUCCGAGCUCGCAUGCAGCAGCAGCUGGACGAGUACCAGGAGCUGCUGGACAUCAAGCUGGCCCUGGACAUGGAGAUUAAUGCUUACAGGAAGCUGCUGGAGGGAGAAGAGGAGAGGCUGCGUCUGUCACCCAGCCCUCCGCCCACCAAGGUGACGGUGACACGAACCUCCGGCUCAGCCCACAGCCACACCAGCCGCCUCCUUCAGUCCUCCACCACCGCCUCCAGCAGCCGCAACUCCUCCGGCACAGCCAGCGCCAAGAAGCGCCGCCUCAACGACAACGACAGCGAGACCUCCAGCCUUGUGGGGGGUACCGUGACCAAGACUCGCAUUAGUCAGCACGCCUCCGCCAGCGGCCGUGUCACUGUGGACGAGGUUGACCUGGAGGGCAAGUACAUCCGCCUUAGCAACAAGGCUGAUGAGGACCAAUCACUGGCCAACUGGCAGGUGAAGAGACAAAUCGGGAAUGGUAGCCCCAUCGCCUACAAGUUUCCACACAAAUUCAGCCUGAAGGCUGGAGGAACCGUCACUAUCUGGGCUGCAUCUGGUGGUGGAAGCCACAACCCCCCCACUGACCUGGUGUGGAAGAACCAGAACUCCUGGGGCACCGGUGACCUCCUGCAAACCAUCCUCAUCAGUGCCAACGGAGAGGAAAUGGCCAUGAGGAAAGUCACACGCACCCUUUUCCAGGAUGAUGACGAUGACGAAAUGGGAGCUCACAGCACGAGCGGCGGAGACAACGAGUACAACCUGCGGAGCCGCACGGUGAUCUGCGACUCCUGCGGGCAGCCGUCAGACCGCUCGGGCGGCUGCGGCGGCGGCGGUGGUCUACCUGAAGGCCUCGUGGGACACUCCUCAUUCAUGGGCACCAACGAGCCCAGACAGGGUCGUGUCAAGCCGGAGAACUGCUCCGUCAUGUAAAACCAGACAGCACCUCGCCUGAACUCUCCACCUCAUCCUUUAGCCCACAUAGGAGAAUUAUUUUUCUACUGUUGGGAUUUUUGUCUUUAUUUUUUUUAAUAUGAUCUUGUCCUGUUUUGUAUACGAUUAAUCUGCAGGUUAGAUUUGCUUCAAGGUUUUGGCUAAGGGCACAGGAUUUUCAUAUCUAUAGCUUCUUUUGAGUUUGUAUAUUCAAGUUAUAUUACUGCAUGUGUGCUGUGCUUAAUGCUUGUGCUGUCUUCUGCUCUGCUUGCACACUCACUGUUACACACACACACACACACACACACACACACACACACAGAGCUCCAUUGACCAGUGCCUCUGCUUCAGUCCGAGUCGGGGUUUCACAUUUAAUGGCCAGGCUGUCAACACUCAACACGCACAGCUAGUGACCCCCGUCAGGAAUAACUCUGGGUACGGGAAUCCAUUCUACAGCCAUACAGACAACAGGAAAAUGAAUCCUGCGGGGUUUGUUGAUCAUGUCUGUCGCCCAUCAAAUUGAUCAAAUCUUUAUUUGAGAUGUUGGAGAUGUUUAUGGCUGAAAUUACACUCAGUGGCUACUUGAUUAGGAACACCUGUUCAAUCUAAUGCAAUCCAAUAUAAACACUCUGCUAUAAAUUCUCCAUUUAUGAAGCUUUUACAGUUUCAGUUUUUGUUAACAUUGUCAGAAAGGUGAUUAUUCUACUUUGUUUAUUACUGAGGUUGUACAAAGUGGUGGUGUUGCACUGGGUUACAUAAUAUUAAAUGGUGUUCCUAAUAUUUUGCCCUCCUCAUGUAUGUAAAUGGGGUGCACAAAAUAUUAGAAACGCCUUUCAUUAUAAUGCACCUUAGUACACCACCACUACACACUACAACCUCAAUAAUUAACAUUGAUUAGAAUGAUGACCUUUUCUGACUAUAUCAACAAAAACUUAAAAUGUAUAAACUUCAUAAAUGUUGAAUUUAUGGCAGAGCUGUUGUAUUGGGUUGCAUUAAAUUGCACAGGUGUUUCUAAUAAAGUAGCCAGUGAGUGUAGUUUCCCUUGUUCUUUGGAACAGUGUUACACUAUCUUUAUAUACUACACAAAAAAUAACCAAGACGGUUAUUUUAUUUUUAUUUUUUUUCUAAGAAACUAUGUUUGAAAAUUCUCCAAAGAAAGCCAAAGUACUGUAAGCUCAGGGUGUUCAGCAUGUUCUGUCCAGUCUCUUCACUUUAGCCUUACACAAAAAGAAGUGUUGAACAUUUUCUACGUGGAUUUAGAUGAUAUGGUUUAGCACCUAUGGCGCGCACAGAGAUAAUAAUUAUUUGAGAUGAAUUUAUAUCUAUUUUUCUUCAGUUAACAGCUUGACUCCAGAGAAAUGUAUUUGAUUAUGUUUUUGAACGUCUGUGGAAAUGAGGAUGUUGUUAUUUUGUUGGAUAAGUUGAAUUUACCCAGGCAACAGAGCCGCAGGUGUUUCUCUGCCAGAUACGUACAUUUAAACUAGUUGCUUCAUUGUUUUACUAAUUCCAAAUAUGUUUCAUCAUGUUUUCUAUUUGGGGGAAUUAUCAGGAUUUAAGUUCUGUGUUUUAAGUCUUUAUUGAAAAGUUUGGUGCCAUAUAUAUAUAUAUAUACACACAGUAUUUAUAACAUUUCUUAGGUAUAAACACUACUCCAAUAGAGAACUGAUGCUGCUGUUCAAGUAGAACUACAACAGUAGUUUGUGUUACAUUUUAACAAGCUUUUUUACAGAUGAUAAAUACAAAAGUGCCUUCUGAGGGCAUAAAAAAGCAUCAACAAUCAGCUCUUUGCUCACAUGCCUUGUAUUGCAGCCUUGUGACUAUCAGACAUCCUCUGAUUUGUGUUGCCCCUAAAAACUGGUCAUAAGGGCUUUUUUUCUUCUUCUUCUUCUCUCCUUUCCUCUAAGCUUACUGGCUUUGCAAAUCCCCAGCCAUGAUUUUGGGAUCUGAGUGGGAUUGCAGGGUUGGUGUACUUAGUGACUUUUGGCUUCAUGCGCUGCUUUUAUUGAGGGUCUCGCCAGUUAUGCACAGCAGGUAGAUUUGUACUCUAGUCAGGCAGCUUUAAAUCAUUUAUACUCGAGAGAAAAGAAUAUCAAAGCAUUUACGGAAAAUACUUGAUGGCUGUUUUUUGUUUUGUUUUCAUUUUUUUUGUUUCUAUUGUACUUAAUAGAUGGUACUUCUGCCAAAUUAGAUUCCUUUUUUUGCCUUCAGAUUUUGACAUUUUGAAAGUGCCUUAAAAAAGUCAGUGACAAUCACUAGUUAGAGUAAUGGCCAGCUGCUAAUAUUCAGAAGGAACAAAGACAUAUUUUGAUAUUGUCUCAUAUGUACAAGUACAUUUCUGAGACCAGAUUACUGUAUGCAAAUGUGUUUUCUAUGCACAACUACUAACUGAAUCAUCCCACUUAUGACAGAUAACAUAAAGGGUGUAGUCGGGGGUUUUACAGAGGCCUUUCUGACUGGCUAAAAAGCAGAAAAACGACUUCCUGUACAACCCUUUUCUUUAAUGUUUUCUUAAGAAUUGGACAGCUGCUCUUUAACAUUUGUACGCAGUGUUAGUUUCAGUUAAUGAAGAAAAAAGACACUCAGAGUCUGAUUCAAAACACAGAUGUGUUGUACAUGACAAAAACCCUCGAAAGGCCUUUGUGAAAUCUCAAACCCUCGCUGUUAAAAUCUCGACGGAGGCCUCAUGAAUCAUCUUAACGACUUGAGGAUUUAAAAUGUUACCCAAAGGGAUUUCUUGUUGUGAGCUGUUAAUGCCAAAGUUGUAAUUAGCUUGAAGUAGGAUUUGUGUCAGAUCUAUCACAACGAUGCUGUUAACAUUAUGGUGAAGCCAUGCAUUCAGUUGAUAUAAUGAAUGUCUCUUUUUUCUUUUUUUUUUGGUGCUUUUUUUUUCCUUUUCGAAAAUAAUGUGGAGUAAAUUCUUUUUUCCAGUAA